AAGAGGUUGCCCUGCGCUGAGACAGUCAGUCAGUGCUGGUUGGGAAUAUGCGAGGCGGUUGUUUCUUGUGAGCAGCACACACACUUUGCGCUCACAGAUCAUCCAGUCACGGUCCACUCACCGCGUCCUUCUCUCGUUUCCCCCACAGCAGCCUCACCUGCGAAGCCACAGCGGAGGACAGCAGAGUUCCUCGGCGGACACGUUGCUGACUGACACCGGGACGGACAGACGGACACCUCAGUGAACCUUCACCAUGGAGGAGAGCCGGGCAAAGUAACUUCCAGCAGCCCACAUCACCCUCAGCCAGGCUGUCAGAGAGGAGAGCCGCUUCACAAUGACCCGUUAAAUUCCUGCCGCCGAUGCUUUCUUUGGAGAGUGGAUUGACCAUCUCCUAACAGCGGAGGAGACAAGCAGAGAGGCCUUUUUUAAUUCUUUCAGUCUUCAGAUGGACCGUGUGCCCUCGGCACUGGCAGCUAAAAUGCGCUGGAUCACGCUGGUGCUUGCCGGCUUGACUUUCUGGGGCAAAGUGACGAUCUGUAACUGUUUCGACUACGAGGAGCCAGACUAUGAUUAUUACGAAGAGGAGAGAGCAGAGACCAUUGACUACAAAGACCCAUGCAAAGCUGCUGCAUUCUGGGGCGACAUCGCUUUAGACGAGGAGGACCUGCGCAUGUUCCAGAUCGACAGGACGAUAGACCUCUCGCAGCACACACACAUGCACACACACUCCCGGCAGGGGCACACGUCUGGUGGCCUGGAGGAACAUGAAAUCUCUAAGAAGAAAGGAUCUUUAUAUCUUCUGCUGGAGAGAAUACGCAGGUUUGGCCUCGACUAUCUUCCCAAGAACUUCAGCAGGGGAGCGGCCAAUCCGAAGAGCCAAACCGGGAAAGGUGGGAAGAUCAGGAAGGUUGUGAAGAGACGUAUUCCUCGAGCAGCCACGUCCCGGGCUGAGAGGAUAUGGCCUGGAGGAGUCAUUCCCUACGUCAUAGGAGGAAACUUCACUGGUAGUCAGAGGGCCAUGUUUAAGCAGGCCAUGCGUCACUGGGAGAAACAGACGUGCGUGACUUUCAUUGAGAAAACGGAUGAGGAAAGCUACAUCGUGUUCACCUACAGGCCAUGCGGGUGUUGUUCCUAUGUGGGUCGUCGUGGCAACGGGCCCCAGGCUAUCUCCAUAGGCAAGAACUGUGACAAGUUUGGCAUCGUGGUGCACGAACUGGGUCACGUCAUUGGCUUCUGGCACGAGCACACGCGGCCUGACCGUGACGAUCACGUGACCAUCAUUCGAGAUAACAUACAACCAGGCCAGGAGUAUAACUUCCUCAAGAUGGAGCCAGGGGAGGUCAACUCUCUCGGGGAGCCAUAUGAUUUUGAUAGCAUCAUGCACUACGCCAGGAACACCUUCUCACGGGGGAUGUUCCUGGACACCAUCCUUCCGUCCAGAGAUGAAAAUGGGGUCCGGCCUGCUAUUGGCCAGCGCACAAGGCUCAGUAAAGGAGACAUUGCACAGGCAAGGAAGCUGUAUAGAUGUCCAGCAUGCGGAGAGACACUCCAAGAGUCAACGGGCAACUUCUCAUCCCCUGGUUACCCCAACGGAUACCCAUCAUACACACACUGCGUCUGGAGAAUAUCUGUUACACCAGGAGAAAAGAUUGUCCUUAACUUUACCACCAUGGAUCUGUAUAAGAGCAGUCUGUGUUGGUACGACUACAUUGAGGUCCGGGACGGAUACUGGAGGAAAGCUCCGCUGCUCGGCAGGUUUUGCGGGGAUAAAGUUCCUGAAGUCUUGAUCUCCACUGACAGCAGGAUGUGGAUUGAGUUUCGCAGCAGCAGCAACUGGGUGGGAAAAGGCUUCGCUGCCAUCUAUGAAGCGAUCUGUGGAGGGGAAAUCACCAAGGACUCAGGACAGAUUCAGUCCCCUAACUAUCCUGAUGACUACAGACCGUCCAAAGAGUGUGUGUGGAGGAUCACUGUGUCCGAGGGAUACAACGUCGGGCUCAGCUUCCAGGCCUUUGAGAUCGAGAGGCACGACAGCUGUGCCUACGACUACCUGGAGGUCCGAGACGGCCCUCUGGAGACGAGCCCUCUGAUUGGUCGAUUCUGUGGCUACGACAAACCUGAGGACGUGCGCUCCACCUCACACACACUGUGGAUGAAGUUUGUCUCAGACGGGACGGUGAACAAGGCCGGCUUUGCUGCUAACUUUUUCAAAGAGGAGGAUGAGUGUGCCAAGCCAGACAAUGGUGGAUGUGAACAGAGGUGUGUAAACACUCUCGGCAGCUUCAAGUGUGCCUGCGACCCGGGCUACGAACUAGCUCCUGACAAGAAGAGCUGUGAAGCGGCAUGCGGUGGUCUCCUCUCUAAGCUGAACGGCACCAUCAGCACUCCUGGUUGGCCUAAAGAAUAUCCGCCCAACAAGAACUGUGUGUGGCAGGUGGUCGCUCCCACUCAGUACCGCAUCUCCAUGCAGUUUGAGGCCUUUGAGUUGGAGGGAAAUGAGGUGUGUAAAUACGACUACGUAGAGGUGCGCAGCGGCCUUUCACCGGACUCGAAGCUGCACGGUAAAUACUGCGGCACCGAGGUUCCCGAAGUCAUCACCUCGCAAUAUAACAACAUGAGGAUUGAAUUCAAAUCUGACAACACCGUCUCCAAGAAAGGUUUCAAGGCUCACUUCUUCUCAGACAGGCUGGCUCUGUGUCGUAUGAUUGUGUUUGAGUCAUGCAAGGACAUAAAGCGCCGCCGCUCUCCCCCCCGCGGCCUUAUCAACAAGCUGGCAACCUCAUCAAAGGUCAGAGACAAAGAUGAGUGCAGCAAGGACAACGGCGGCUGCCAGCACGAGUGCAUCAACACGGUGGGCUCGUACGUUUGUCAGUGUCGCCACGGCUUUGUGCUGCAUGAGAACAAACAUGACUGUAAGGAAGCUGAGUGUGAGCAUAAGAUCCACAGCCCCAGCGGGACCCUGAGCAGCCCAAACUGGCCGGACAAGUACCCCAGCCGUAAGGAGUGCACCUGGGACAUCACCGCCACACCCGGACACCGAGUCAAGAUCGCCUUCAAUGAGUUUGAGAUUGAGCAGCAUCAGGAGUGUGCUUAUGACCAUCUGGAGGCCUUUGACGGGGACACUGACACGGCAGCCAUCUUGGGUCGAUUGUGUGGCAGCAAGAUCCCGGAGCAGCUGGUCUCCACUGGAAACAAGAUGUACCUCCGCUUCAUUUCUGACGCCUCGGUGCAAAGAAAGGGCUUCCAAGCUACACACUCCACAGAGUGUGGAGGUCGUCUGAAGGCAGAAGCUCGUCAGAAGAACCUCUACUCUCACUCCCAGUUUGGAGACAAUAAUUAUCAGGGGCACACUGACUGUGAGUGGCUGCUGUUGGCCGAGCAGGGCUACGGCAUCGAGCUGAGCUUCAUCACGUUUGAGGUAGAGGAGGAAGCUGACUGUGGUUACGACUACAUCGAGCUGUACAACGGGUACGACGCCAACGCACAUCGACUCGGUCGCUUCUGCGGCUCAGGGCCCAGGGAGGGGAUCUACUCGCCCGGAGGUGCUAUGCUGAUCCGUUUCCAUAGCGACGACACAAUCAGCAAGAAGGGCUUCCACAUCCACUACACGAGCACCAAGUUCCAGGAGAGCCUUCACACCAGGAAAUGACCUCACACACACUCAGCCCGCGACCUCUGACCUCUGUGCAGCCCCCCCCUUCACCCUGACCUUCACUAUGGCAACAAAAAAAAGUACAGCCUGUCCCCUCUGCUCGGACCCGACGUACAGAAGUGGAUGUCCGCAGGAGGAAGACGACACUUUGACGUGAACAUUAGUCUCUCUCUGCGGGUCAUCAGACAGGAAACACAUGAGGGCUGGUUUUCAUUUCUGCACAUCAAGAUACAGUGUGGAUACUAAAGAGUACAAACACAAACACACAAGAUUCAUAUUCAGAAUAUAAACUAUGGCUUCUCGAGGAGUAAGGAGCUUCUGCUGAAAAGAAAAUGCAUCCAACACAGGAGUUUUUUCGGACUUCUUGUGCGACUUACUGUGAUCAGACGGCUGCUCAUACCCACAGUAACUGAGAGGAAACUCUAAAAUAGACAUUUUUAUUGCCUUUGAUGCCUGGGAACUGGUCUCUUCACCCCAGCUCAGAUCGGCUGCAGAUGAUUUUAAUUCACGUCUUAUUGUAAAACCCAUUGUGUUUACUGUAUGUGUGUACAGAGAAAACAAACAAAAGGCUGUCAUGUUUGCUUAAAGCUUAUGCAGACGACCAUCAUGGAAUGGGAGAAAAAUAUAUAAAAAAAUGCAAAUGGAGAAUUUCCAAAUGAUCUGUGAUGUUAUUGUAAAGCCUUGCAUUAUGUUGUGUGUGUGUGUCCGAGCGUGUGUCCAUGCCGUUUGAGUUUUUUUGCACCAUCUUGUAACAAACUUUCAUGGAUGUUUCCACCUCACCCCUCCCCAAAAAUAAAAGUGGAUAUCGUAAGGGAAUAUUUUCACAGCUGUCUCUCGGAGUGACACGAUUCUGAUUGAUGGAGAGAUUCCCAUGGUGCUAAAAAUGAAACUACACUGAAUGACAGAUGACUGCGAUUGGAAGUAAAGGGUUUCAGUAGGAGACACAGUCGGCGUGCAAACAGCACAAUGCAUCAACAGCACUAGUCCUGUGGAACUACAACAUUGCCUUAGAACCAAAAUGGAUGCUGUCCGAGAGUUUUCAAGGUUUUUUUGGCAGCAUGUUUCAUUCGUUGGAGAUCUUGAAUGGUUUUAUCGUGAAAAACAAACAUGGGAAAUGUAGUCUGUGUGUGAGAUAAAGUGUCAAUGGUGCAUGAGUGUUUGUGUGUUGAAGCUGCUUUCAGAGAUACAUACACACAUGCUUACACAUCCACAAAUGUUGUGCGCUUUUUCCCCCAACAUAUCUCAGCACACACUUCCCUUUCUGUAUAUUUGGAGCGAGGAGAGCAAAGUGCUGUAAAGUUGAAAGAAUAUCAAGGUGCAAACAGGUUGCAUCGUUUGUUGUGUUAAAUGCAAAAUGUGUAAGUGUGUGUUAUAGGAGAUUAUAAAGAAAUAAUGUGCGUGUAUGUCUGUAAACUGUAUGUUUUUAAGUUGAAUCAUUCAUUGCUGUACGUGCCAAGCUCCACCCUGAUCCACUGUAGUUUUUGUUUUAUCACUCAACCUCUGUGUCUGUAGUUCAGAGACACUGACAUGACGUCCUCUGCAUCAGUCAUUAAAAUACACACAGGUCAAAACUA